CGAAAACGGGCGGGUCAAAGCAUGAAUGUUGGACAUUGACGACGUUUACUUUUAUCGCCAUCCUGCCGCGUUAUUCUGUCAGGCGCCAUCCGAAAUCAAAGAAGGUCAAUUCCAGGUUCAUCUGAACCCGCUCCAAUGACGUGCAGUGAUGGAUGCGUAAAUAGGAUUCCGUAUUGAAGAGCCGGGUCGGAAAUUCCUCCCGGAUCAUAUAUACCCACCUACCCGUUCAUAAUAGGAAACAAAAACCAUUUCUUUCAAGAUUGGGGCAGUUGGAUAACAGAAGGUACAAUGAUACAUCACGUAGUUAUAGUGCUUCUUCUCCUCUGGCUGCUCAAUUCCUUCAAUUCCUGCCACCCUUUUGCUUAUUUUAUCUCCAUAGUGUAUAUCUUUUUGAUUCAUGAGAACUAUGUGACUAGAUUGAGGAGGAGACUGCAGUUUGAGGAAAAAAAACAGUCGUAUCAAAGACGGGUUCUAUCUGAUUCAGAAAGUGUAAGAUGGUUGAAUCACGCGCUAGAGAAACUCUGGCCUGUUUGUAUGGAGAAUAUUGUCUCUCAGAAAUUUCUCCUCCCCAUCAUACCAUGGUUCAUGAAAAAAUAUAAGCCCUGGACAGUGAAGAGUGUUGUUGUUCAGCACUUAUACUUGGGAAGAUGUCCACCUAUUUUCACAGAAAUGAGAGUUCUUCAGAAUUCAACAGGCGAUGAUCACUUGGCCUUAGAGUUGGGGAUGAACUUCUGCACUGAGGAUAUGAAUGCAGUUCUAGCUGCAAAAUUGAAGAAAAGAUUGGGUUUUGGGAUGUGGGCAAAAAUGCACUUGUUAGGCAUGCAUGUUGAGGGGAAGGUUUUGGUAGGUGUGAAGUUCCUUCCCAAUUGGCCAUUUAUUGACCGUUUGAGGGUUUGUUUUGCUGAGCCACCUUAUUUUCAGAUGACUGUGAAACCUAUCUUCACUCAUGGACUAGAUGUUACAGAAGUCCCAGGGAUUGCUGGAUGGCUGGACAAACUUUUGGCCCUUGCUUUUGAGCAGACUCUUGUUGAGCCAAACAUGCUAGUUGUUGAUGUAAAGAAAUUUGCCUCGCCACAACCAGACAACUGGUUCUCGGUUGAUGCUAAGGAAACUGUCGCAAAUGUUGUUGUGCAAGUUUUUGAAGCAGCUGAUUUGAAGCCAUCUGAUCUUAACGGAUUGGCUGACCCAUACCUGAAGGCGAGACUUGGGCCUUACAGCUUCAGGACCAAGACUCAAAAGAAGACACUUACUCCAAAGUGGCAAGAGGAAUUCAAAAUCCCAGUUUUUUCUUGGGAGUCACCAAAUGAUGAACUCAAGAUUAAAGUUUUUGAUGAAGACCGCUUUAUGGAUGAUCCAUUAGGAGAUUGCUGCAUAAAAGUUACCGACUUUAGAGAUGGGCAACGGCAUGAUAUCUGGUUGCCUCUUCAGAAUAUCAAAAUGGGAAGGCUACAUCUUGCAGUAACCGUGUCUGAGCACGACAAUGAAAAAAAGGAUGGAGAACAAAUCUGUGACGAAGCAAGUGCUGAUGACGAGAAGAGCGGAGACUUGUUUGAGAAUGAUGGAGCUGAUGUUGGAGGCUUCUCACCUGAACAACCCAACAAAUCCCAGAAUGCUGGAGACAAGUAUGAGCCCAUUGAUGUCGAAGGGAAAGAAGAGACCGGGAUAUGGGUCCAUCACCCGGGGGCUGAAAUUGCGCAAGUCUGGGAGCCAAGGACGGGUAAAGGUAGGACCAUUGAUGGCGAGAAGUCUGGUUCACUGGGGGGGAGUUUCAAGUCAAACACCGGGGGAAUUGAUGAAAAUGAUAAUGGACAUUCAUCGAAUCGGUUCCGUAGGGGGUUGAGUAAAAUUAGUUCAGUUUUUCACAGGAGUCCCAGAUCUCAUCAUGAUAUAUCAAACAACAGUCUUGGUGAGCCUGCCACACCUCCACAUAUAAAUCUUAAGGCAGUAAAUGCAAAGAACAUUGGCGUAACAUAUGUAACAGAUGGUGCAAAUGCUGCUGCUCAAUCCCCUGCAAGAUUGAAAUCAGAAGAUGGUAAAGAAUCUCAGGAGGGAGAUGAACAAGACAGUCCAACCAAGCGGAAAAUGAAGGACAAAGCUAAGAACAUGUUGAAGCAUGUGGGGAAAUCUGCUCACGGCAUAAAACAUGUUCUUUCUCAUAAGGGAUCAAGAAAAUCAAAAGCCGAGCCUGCUUUGGUGUCCGAUUCUUCGGAUGAGUCAUCUGUUGUGUCAUCUGAUGAUUCCCCACAACAAGCUGUUCAUGAAAUUGCAUCCAAGAAUAGGAAUUCAGUAGAUGGAGUUAGCCCUUGAAGAUAAUCCCAUUCCAGGUGACCGAAAACUAAAUGAAUUGGAAAAUGUUACACCUCAAUGAUGGCAUGAGGCAAUCAAGACAAAAAAUGUACUUAGGGACGGUUUCUCAUGUACCUUUAAAUAGGUUAAAAUGUAAAUAAAUUAAUGGUUUUUAUACAUCUUCCUCGAGUGAUUCUGGUGCUACAGCAAUCAAUAGUUAUGCCUUUUCUUUGUAAGAUGAAUUUUUUGUUUGCCUGUCCCAGCCAAAGGUAUAUCUUGAUAUCAGUUCUUACAAUUUGCCUGCUCUAAAUUACUCAGG